GGGAUCUGUGUGAAGUCAGGGCAGUCAGACAGUCUUCUUCUCUGACUCAGUGCUGCUCAGGCCAUCUCUUUCUAGACUACUCCUACUUUUUGGAUUGGACUGUUCUAGGACUGGGUGUUUGGGAACGAGCCUGUAUUUGGAUAGGGCCGGGGAAGGGUGUGUUGGACUGGGAGCUUAUACUAACUAGUAUUUAGACUACCGAGUCGUGUCCUAUGGAGGUACAGGUUCAAAGUCAGCCACAACCCCCCACCAUCCUGGAGAAUGGGGAGGCCCAGGACCCUGAACCACAUCCUGCGGAGUUCAACGGUCAUCGUCAUGCCAACGGUGGGGAGGCAGAGCUGCCCGUCUCCAAGUCUCAGAGGAGACGCAGCGAUGUCAAAGUCUACAAGGAGUUCUGUGACUUCUAUGCACGCUUCAACAUGGCCAGUGCCCUGGCCAAUGCGAUGUGUGAGCGCUGUAAGAGUGGCUUUGCCCCGGCGGAGAAGAUCGUCAACAGCAACGGGGAGCUGUACCAUGAGGGAUGCUUCGUCUGUGCUCAGUGCUUCCAACAAUUCCCUGAGGGUCUCUUCUAUGAGUUUGAGGGCAGGAAGUACUGCGAGCAUGACUUCCAGAUGCUGUUUGCUCCCUGCUGCCACCAGUGUGGGGAGUUUAUCAUUGGUCGUGUGAUCAAGGCGAUGAACAACAGCUGGCACCCUGACUGUUUCUGCUGUGACCUCUGCCAGGCCGUGCUUGCUGACGUGGGCUUCGUCAAAAACGCCGGCAGACACCUGUGUCGCCCGUGUCAUAACCGUGAGAAGGCCCGUGGUCUGGGGAAGUACAUCUGUCAGAAGUGCCACGCCAUCAUUGAGGAGCAGCCGCUGCUGUUCAAGAACGACCCCUACCACCCGGACCACUUCAACUGCAACAACUGCGGUAAGGAGCUGACGGCUGAUGCCAGGGAGCUGAAGGGUGAGCUGUACUGCCUGCCCUGUCAUGACAAGAUGGGCGUUCCCAUAUGUGGAGCCUGCAGGAGACCCAUCGAGGGCCGCGUGGUCAAUGCCAUGGGCAAGCAGUGGCAUGUCGAGCAUUUUGUGUGUGCUAAGUGUGAGAAGCCCUUCCUGGGCCAUCGCCACUACGAACGCAAAGGACUGGCCUACUGUGAGACUCACUACAACCAGCUCUUUGGAGAUGUCUGCUACCACUGCAACCGUGUCAUUGAGGGUGAUGUGGUAUCAGCCCUGAACAAGGCAUGGUGUGUCAACUGCUUUGCCUGUUCCACCUGCAACACCAAGCUCACCCUCAAGAACAAGUUUGUGGAGUUUGACAUGAAGCCGGUGUGUAAGAAGUGUUACGAGAAGUUUCCUCUGGAGCUCAAGAAGAGGCUCAAGAAGCUGGCAGAGACCGUGGGCCGGAAGUAGACAGACAGACAGACAGACAUGCCAGAACAGACAAAAGUGAUGUCAGAGUGUUUGAGCAAGCACAUGACCUUUGUUCUUGGUGUAAAUUUAGGGAUUAAAACCACUCUACCCAACCCCUCAUAGGUUGAUGAAAAUCAGAUUUGCAAUAUCCUUCCGUCCUUUCAUGCCUUGUUAAAUAGUGACAACCCAUGAGCAGAGAGAGAGACUGUACACAAGAAAGGGUCAUCCCCAAAUCAGUGCCUUUGAUGAAUACAUAUUCAUAUUAUAUUCAUAUAUAUAUAUCCUUGAUAUACUUAUCAAUUUAUCUCAUAUAUUUCAUAAUUCUUUUAGCUUAAAAUGUCCCUUCAUAACCCAACUUGUAUAUUUAAGUAUGCAUCAAUGGUCCUGGUAUUUUGUCAGGUGAAUAAAGAGUAUUGAUAAGGUUGUUUCUGCCUUAGCCAACUACUAUCAAUGUCAUGCCCUACAAGUAGAAACAGACAGACACCUGGGCUAUGUUACUGAUGCUACACAUUAUCACAUUACUGUGCAGCAGAACUGGAUCCAUUAUAAAUAUAUAUAUAUAGAGAUAUAUGCAGUACCAGUCAAAAGUUUGGACACAACUUUCAUUCAAAGAUUUUCCUUUAUUUUUACUUUUUUCCACAUUGUAGAAUAAUAGUGAAUACAUCAAAACUAUGAAAUAACACAUAUGGAAUCAUGUAGUAGCCAAAAAAGUGUUAAACAAAUGAAAAUAUAUUUCAGAUUUUAUAUUCUUCAAAGUAGCCAUCCUUUGCCUUGAUGACAGCUUUGCAUACUCUUGGCAUUCUCUCAACCAGCUUCCCCUGGAAUGAUUUUCCAACAGUCUUGAAGGAGUUCCCACCUAUGCUGAGCACUUGUUGGCUGCUUUUCCUUCACUCUGCGGUCCAACUCGGGGCGGCAGGGUAGCCUAGUGGUUAGAGCAUUGGACUAGUAACCGAAAGGUUGCAAGUUCAAAUCCCCGAGCUGACAAGGUACAAAAUCUGUCGUUCUGCCCCUGUCGUUAACCCACUGUUCCUAGGCCGUCAUUGAAAAUAUGAAUUUGUUCUUAACUGACUUGCCUAGUAAAAUAAAGGUAAAAUAAAAUAAAAACUCGAGCAGGUCAUCUGAUGCAGCACUCAUCACUCUCCUUCUUGGUCAAAUAGCCCUUACACAGCCUGGAGGUGUGUUGGGUCAUUGUCCUGUUGAAAAACAAAUGAUAGUCCCACUAAGUGCAAACAGAUAGGAUGGCAUAUCACUGCAGAAUGCUGUGGUAGCCAUGCUGGUUAAGUAUGCCUUAAAUUCUAAAUAAAUCACUGACAGUGUCACCAGCAAAGCACCCCCCUCCUCACAAAGAGAAUGGCAGUUGGAACCAAAAAUCCCAAAUUUGGACUCAUCAGACCAAAGAACAUAUUUCCAUCAGUCUAAUGUCCAUUGCUCGUGUUUCUUGGCCCAAGCAAGUCUCUUCUUAUUAUUGGUGUCCUUUAGUAGUGGAUUCUUUGCAGCAAUUCGACCAUGAAGGCCUGAUUCAUGCGGUUUCCUCUGAACAGUUGAUGUUGAGAUGUGUCUGUUACUUGAACUUUUAUUUGGGCUGCAAUUUCUGAGGCUGGUAACUAAUGAACUUAUCCCCAGCAGCAGAGGUGACUCUGGGUAUUCCUUUCCUGUGGCGGUCCUCAUGAGAGCUAGUUUCAUCAUAGAGCUUGAUGGUUUUAGAAAUUUUCCGAAUUGACUGACAUUCACGUCUUAAAGUAAUGAUGGACUGUUGUUUCUCUUUGCUCAUUUGAGCUGUUCUUGCCAUAAUAUGGACUUGGUAUUUUACCAAAUAGGGCUGUCUUCUGUAUACCACCCCUACCUUGUCACAACACAACUGAUUGGCUCAAAUGCAUUAAGAAGAAAAUAAAUUCCACAAGGCACACCUGUUAAUUAAUUAUAUAUAUAUAUAUCCCAUUUAGCAGACGCUUUUGUCCAAAGCGACUUACAAGUCGGCUGGGGCCACUACUUUUACAUAUGGGUGGCCCCAGCAGGAAUCGAACCCACGUCGCUUGGCGUUGCAAGCGCCAUGCUCUACCGACUGAGCCACACAGGACCCAUUGAAGUGCAUUCCAGGUGACUACCUCAUGGAGCUGGUUGAGAGAAUGCCAAGAGUGUGCAAAGCUGUCAUCAAGGCAUAGGAUGUCUAAAUUUAAGAAGGAUGGAGGCCACUCUGUUCUUGGGUACCUUCAAUGCUGCAGAAAUGUUUUGGUACCCUUCCCCAGAUCUGUGCUUAGACACAAUCCCUUGGUUUUUGCUCUGGCGUGCGUUGUCAACUGUGGGAACAUAUAUAGACAGGUGUGUGCCUUUCCAAAUCAUGUCCAAUCAAGUUAAUUUACCACAGGUGGACUCAAGAAUGAUCGAUGUAAGCAGGAUGCCCUGAGCUCAAUUUCAAGUGUCAUAGCAAAGGAUCUGAAUACUUAUUUAAAAAACCUGUUAUUGCUUUCCAUAAUGGGGUAUUGUGUGUAGAUUGAUGAGGAAAACAUUUUUUUAAAUCCAUUUUAGAAUAAGUCUGUCACGUAAGUCUGAAUACUUUCCGAACGCACUGUUUGUAUGCAUACACACACAUACAUCUAUUUCAAAUACUUGAAUAUCGCUUGAUUUGGCUUGCUUAUUAUAAUGGGACCAUUGGAAUUGUGCCAAAUUUGCAAACUCUGCCCACCCUGUAUACCAGUAAGCUAAAUCAAGAGCAUGUCAAGUACUUGAAGUAUCUGAUGUUUGAACAGUACUAUUUGACCCAGAUCUGAUGGGAAGCUUAUUGAGAAAGUAGCCUCCAUCCCAGCAGUUCAGGUCAUAUAGAAACAAGAGUCAUAUUCGUACAAGAGGAUUGUGUACAUUUUUCAGGAUGUAUUGAAAUAUUAUCCAAAGAUAAUACUGAAUGAGGUGACAUGAGGUGACAUCUCAUAUAGAGAUGUUUGGGCGUCCAUGUCACAGGCGUCGUAAGAAGCGGACCAAGGUGCUGCGUGGUGAGCGUACAUAUUCCUCUUUAUUAGAAAUGUCGCCAACAAUACAAAACGACCGUGAAGCUUAACAGGGCUAUGAAUGCCUCUAACAAAGUUAACUACCCACACUGAAGGAGGGAAAGGGCUACCUAAGUAUGAUUCCCAAUCAGAGACAACGAUAGACAGCUGUCCCUGAUUGAGAACCAUACCAGGCCAAAACAUAGAAAUAAAGAGACAUAGAAAACAAAACAUAGAAUGCCAGCCCAACAUCACACCCUGACCUAACCAAAUAGAGAAAUGAAACGUCUCUCUAAGGUCAGGGAGUGACAGUCCACAACAUUGUACAUGGCGUUAUAUUUACAUGAAUGUACCAUUUUCAUAUAAAUAUAAAUAUGUAAGGUCUAUUGUCACGGAAGGGCGUUUUUUACUGUUUACUGUCAACUGUUGUAUGACAGACGUUUGUUUUUGUGUUUUUCACAAUCAAUAUGCUCAGAAUAAACAUUAAUACACUUUUAUAUAAUAGUAAUGGAAUCAAACAAUAUCUGCCAAUAAUUUUCUUCAUGCUUUACAUGUCAUGCAUUAUUUUGUCUUUUGAAAUGGAGAAAAAAAAAUUGCAGAGACAAACAAUUCCGUUGAUAUAUGGAUUUUCUUGUCACUGCAAUGUCCAUUUUUCCUUUUCCUAUUGGUGUAUUAAAGUGUAUUUAUGAGUACUGUAAGAUGUGGGAAUGUGUGUAUAAACUCAGUUAACCUAU